AUGACCGACCGCUCUUUAAACAUAAUCAUUUCCAGGUACGAUACUUACUCCGUGGCUGGUAACGCAGAGAUGCACGGGCACAAAGCGGUCCUGGCAGCGGCGUCCCCGUACCUGUUCGAGCUCUUCACCAACGGCGAAAAUCAACUCAAGGACCAAGCUCCCACCUUCGUCCUCAGCGGUAGCAUCGAUAAAAAAGCUCUGCAAAAACUCAUCGAUUACGCCUACACGUCCAGAUUGGAAAUAUGUCCCUUGGAGGUGAAGUCCAUCUACCAGGCAGCGACUUAUCUGAAAAUGGAGCGGGUGGCUUCGCAGUGCGUCACCUACCUGCUGGACUCGCUGACCCCCGAGUUUUGUCUGGACAUUCGAGCUCUGCCCGGCAUCAUCCACAACGAGAACUUUGUCAGACAAGUCGACUCUUACAUCCGGCAUAACUUCGAGGCGGUAUGCGCGAGCCCGGCCCUCUCCAUUCUGCCGAGCGUCAAAAUCGAGAUCCUCUACCAGACGUCCCUGGAAAUGAGCCUAGUGAACGGCUCGAGUCUAUGUUGUCUGGUGCUCGACUGGAUCAAGCGUUUCGUGGCCGACGUCGACGAGGAGAAGCCCUGCGUGGUCGAGCAGCUCUUCGAAAAGACCUUUUUGUUGUACCUCGCGCUCGACAAUAGUCUCCAGGAUUGCACGGAUCUGCCGACAGGCGACGUCAGUGACACCGACAUUGUUCAGGAUUACAAAAAACUGUCGCUCAAGAGCCAAGUUCAGCACAACAAGGCCAGAAGGAAGGGCAUAUUGCAGCCGGCCAAGCCGAGGGUGCUCAUUUACAACCAGAGCCCGGAGGAGGCCAGCGCCGAGGAGAACAAGCAGCUCGAGCCCGACUGGAAUAUGAUUGGCGUCAACAAAGUCGGAGAGCACACGUUCCUAGCCAUUGUGACUCUGAACGGCCGAUUGGCUAAGCUGUCGGUAGCUCUGCGCUUGAACACCCCGGCGCCACUGGUGAGCCAAGAAAACGGCAGCCGGCUGCCGGAAGACCAGCGCAGCUCGAGCAGCGAGCCCGAUCUCUACUGCGCCCUGCCCACCAUGAAGGCCGGCAAGUGCUCUGUUGGUUGUGCCGAGCUAAACGGUGCCCUGCUCGUAUGCGGUGGAUACGACCGCGUCGAGUGUCUCAAGAGCGUCGACAAGUACAUACCCGAGACCAAUACCUGGGAGGUGUUGAGCGCGAUGCGCGAAGCCAGGGGUAGAUUCGGCAUUGCCGUAGUCAAUGGCAAGGUAUACGCGAUCGGAGGCUCGAAUGGCUCGACGGAGCUUGCCACGGUCGAGGUACUCGAGCCAGGAAACAACAAGUGGAAGACUAUUGCGAGCUUGCCCCUGGCGAGGUCGAAUUCCGGGGUUUGCGCGCUUGGCUCCAAGAUUUACUGCAUUGGUGGCUGGAAUGGACAGGCCGGAAUAAAGCAAUGCGACAGCUUGGAUCCAACGACGGGCAUCUGGUCGAGUGUCGAGCCACUGAAAAUCGGCCGCUACCAAGCUGGUGUGUGUGCCUAUGACAACAAAGUCUAUGCCGUGGGUGGCUGUGACUCGUGGAACUGCCUGAACUCGGUCGAGAUCUACGACCCAGAGACCAACAGUUGGAGCUUUGGACCGGGCCUUAUAACAGCACGUCGGGGCUGCGGUCUGGCUGUCUUUCAUGGCCGACUCUAUGCAGUCGGUGGUUAUACGGGAACUCACAGUUUGACCAGCACCGAAGUUUACGACCCUGCCGAGCAGGUCUGGGUGCCUGGGCCCAACAUGUGCAUGCCCAGGGCUAAUGUUGCCGUCGCCGUCGUUGGUGAUAGAUUGUACGCGGUCGGAGGUUUUUCCGGGAAAAAAUUCUUGAAUUCGAUGGAGUAUCUCGAUGUUCAUACCAACGAGUGGACGACGUUCAUCCCAAAGACCGACGGCAUCAAAACGCCCCCGAACCCUGAAAUAAACAACGGCUCAGACUCUGUUAGUACCAACGGCAAUGAAAAAGAUCCCCAGCCUAACAACGUCAGUCGGCAGUCAAGCCAAUUUGAUUCCAAAAUGGAAUGAGAUAUUAUUUUUUAUUCGCUAAAUUAAAUUAUGUUUCUUUUAUAAGCUUCCGUUGCCCCUCUAUCCCUGCAUCUCCCUUGUGUGUAUAUUCCUUUCGACGCGAGAAUAUCCGGAGCCCUGAUUUUUAUUUCUUUUUAUUCUACUCCUCUUGUUGAUCGUAUGAUUUUAAGCACUGGAAGAGAUAAGUACAAUUUCAAUAUGAGAAUAAAUAUGUAUGAUAUGCGUAUCAUCAAUGGCUUUGGAUGAGAAUGGGAUGAAGUACUGCGACGUUUGAGCAAGACGAGCCCGUGUCUCUAAUAUGUUAUUGUCUUUACAAUGAUGUAUAUUUUUCUCCAUUAUAACAUACAUACCGACUAAUUCUACGCUAUCCUUGAUACUUCUGCUGUGUAUAAACGUGUAUUUUGACGAUUUUUUUUUUUCCAACAUUUGAAAAACUUGGAAACAUUUUUUUCAACAAAGACUGAACAAUUGAAUAAUGACACUGUUGGUCUAUAGUUUCUCGUAUAAAAAUUAAAAAAUAAAUUUUUAUCAAUAAAAUCAGAGCAUUAACAUGUGAAAAUAAUAAGUUUAUUAAUAUGCAUAAACAUAUUUAUGUAAAAAACGGUAUUUUCUACCUGACAUUCAUGAAAAUUAAAAUUAAUUUGAAACUUAAUCGAAGUAAAAGAGUUACAUCCUUCUAUUUAAUGUAACUUGUAUAAGUUGUCGCGCAUGUUUGGAAUUUUUACGAUUUUUAAAUUAUACUAGCACUUUAAUCAGCUUAUAAAAUUUUUCUUCGACAUGUACCAAGUACAUAUGUCAAAGAAUAUUCUUAAUACUUACCUAUCUAAAACAUUUUAUAAACAUUUUUAUUUCUUGAUCAUUCCAAUCACGUGUAACUAAAAUUUUGUAAAAACAGUAUUGGCACAAAACUUGAAUUCGUGUUUCCAGUCUAUACUUUGUUUUUCUAAAUAUGGAAAAUAAUUUGUAUGCAGGUACGAAAAACUGAUAAAUUGGUAAAACAUAAAAAACAACGACAUACAGUGCUGGACAUUCUCGUAAAAUUCAUGAUUAGCCUGAAAAAAUAAGUUCAAACAAUCUUUUUGUGACAAGCAUUUUAUUUAUAAACACACGAUUGAUACGACUUUUAAGUUUUAAAUGAAUACUUACAUGCAUUUUUACUUCUACUAAAGAGCGACACACUGCCAUCAAAAUGAAAAAAAAAAAAAAAAUAAAUAAAAAUAUUAAGACCAUUUGUUCCUAAACUAAACAGUGGAAAAGAACUAAAGUUUACAACAAAAAUCAUCACGAAGAAUAAUAUUCUGAAGAUGACGUCUUUGGUGAUUUUAAUAAGCUCGACAUUGGGUCCAACAAAUAUCAAUUUCCAAUUGUACGUUUUACAUAUUAAAGAUCUUGCAAACAGCUCUAUGCAUGAUUUAUUUAUAAUGAUGAAAACAUUGAUUUUACAAAUGAAAGUGCAGAAAGUAUCAAGGUUGCUACAUAGAUAUAUUAUUUAUAAAAGAAAAUGUAACGAUGAUGAUGGUAGUGAUAAUCACCAUGUCACCACCGAAAUGUUAUGCUUAAAUAUUGACAAGUUAUUUGAAAAUAUACUAGUGAUUUUUUGAGAAUA